AUGUCCGAAUCCACUCUCCAAUUCGACGCUGCUACCCAGAAAGAACUCGCCGAGUUUGUCGAGAGUGAACUUGCCAAGAGGAAAUACCAAGAGAGCGUCCAAAAAUUCACUGGGAUGUGCUGGGACAACCUCUCCCGCUCAGAAGAGAGCUGCCUCGCCAACUGCGUGGAUAGGUUCAUGGACGCCAGCCUCUACAUCGUGUCUCAAGUCGAGAGCAAGAGGAACCAGGCGUAA